AUGCCGAAAUCCACAGAAAACCUCUCGACAACAGAAUCCAUGGCAAAAGCUUAUGUUCAUCUGAUCGCCUUUCAAUAUCGAUUAAGAUGUCAUUUUUUCAUCAUAUCAGGUUUAGUAGCAGUUCACAUGGAUGGUUUGAAGGUUUCAAGCAUAUUCGAGAUUCAAUAUAUCGAUUUCAAUACCACCUCUCCCCACACUACAUUUCCUUGUCAUUUCUCUAGACAAACAAAGGGUCAUCAACAUACCCCUGAACCCUACACCGAAAUCGAUUUGCAGAUCCAGAUAGCAUUUGCAGAUCCCCUCCCCAGUCGAUUUAAAGAUUUGGUCACCGAUUCAUGCCCACCGAUGAAUCCACUGCCACCCACUCCCGCCAAGAGCCUAAACCCCUUGUGGCAGGCCUUCUGGCUCCAUGAGCUUCAGAAGAACCCCACCUUUUGCUCAUUCGGCUGCAAGCUCUGUUUCCAAAAAUGCCUAUUCAGGAAUGGAAAAAUCGAGGCUGCAGUUAGAUUACACGAAGAUAUUAUGAAUGGGAAUAUUGGUUUAGGGUUUAUUUGUAAGCCCAAUAUAGUGUGUUAUAGCAUAUUGAUCGCUAAUCUUUGUAAAGAUGGAUUCAUAAAAAAAGCAAAAGAGCUUUUCUUGGAGAUGAAGUGUAGAAGAAUCUCCCCGGAUGUGGUUGUGUAUACUUCUUUGAUCAAUGGCUUGGUUUAUUCGGAUAAUUUAGACGAGGCUAAAUAUUUGUUCAUUGAGAUGAUGAAUGAAGGGAUUUCUCCGAGUGUAAUGACGUUUAAUCUUUUAGUAAACGUGCUUUGCAAAGAAGGGAAGUCAAAUGAAGCAAGUGGGUUAUUUGAGUUGAUGGUUCAAAGAGGAGAACAUGUUGAUUCUUUUUCAUAUAACAUAUUAAUGGAGGGGUAUUGUUGGGAGGGUAAGAUUGAUAAGGCCAGGGAGUUGUAUAUUUUGAUGGUGGAUAAAGGAAUCGAGCCUGAUGUGAGAACCCACAAUGUGCUUAUUAAUGGGUAUAUCAAGAUUAAUAGAACAGAGGAAGCUAUAAGGAUCUUUAGACAAAUGACUCGUAGUAGAAAAAUCAAGCCCACGAUUGUUACCUACAACGCGUUAUUAACAGGUGUGCUUAAAAAAGGUGAUGUUUUGAAUGCACAGAAGCUGUUUGAUGAAAUGCUUCAUGAUCUCACACCAAGUUCUUGUACAUAUAACAUCAUGUUAAACGGGCUUUGUAAGAAUGACUGUGUUUUGCAGGCUCUAGACUUGCUUCAAACCCUAGAAAACAAUGGGGUGGUUGUAUUGGACAUCAAAGCAUAUAACUCUGUGAUUGAUGGAUUGUGUAAAGCAGGAAGAAUGGAGACUGCUUGGGAUGUAUACAUGAAACUGUCUUCUAAAGGCUUGGUUCCAACUGUUGUAACUUAUAGUAUCUUGAUACAUGGGUUUUGUAAAACGGGUCAGUUAACAAAAGUGGAUGAUUUGUUUUUGGAGAUGCUGGAAAAGGGUUGUGUCCCAAAUGCUGUUACUUUUAAUGCAUUUAUGCGAAAAUUCUCUCGUUCUGAUAUGUCGCCUAAAGUGAUUGAGUUGCUUAAGAAAAUGGUGGAGAAUAAAGCUGUCCCGGAUGCAUUCAUGAAGAAAAGAGAUCAAGGUUGGACCCACCCGACCCGUGAAGUUGAAACCAGGUUACCAUCCAUAUCAAUCAGGCUCCACAUCCAAACAGUUGAAGGGUUCAGAGCAGCAGGAAGCUGUUUGAAUAUUUGGUUAAAGUGGACAUCCAUGAGGCAUGAAAGUGUUGCAUUAUGGAGAUUUAAUCCAAAAGAAGACAAUGCAGUUUUUCACUUUCCGACUCAAGUCAUAUGCUUUCAACCAGCCCAUGCAUUUGAUCUGUUUAGAAUGUUUGAAUCGGUGAAAAAAAAUCUCAUAGUAUUGGUAUUGAGUGUGGACAGUACUGCAAUCCUUUCUUCAUUUGCAGGUAUAAUUUGGUAG